AUGUCAGACGCUCAAAAUACCAGCGAGAAACUACGACAACAUCAGGUGGUUCCUGAUGUACUGCCGAUAGGCCUGGACAUUUCAUCCAGUCUGACAAUCAAAUGGCCCAACACUGUCCUGGACGCUCCUGGGAAGGAGUUAGAUCGCGAAGAGACUCAACCCCAGCCGAAGCUUUACUUGGACCCCUCACCUUCCGACAACCAUAAUGACUAUGUGCUCAUCAUGACUGAUCCGGACCUCAUGGCCGAAAAUGAUGCCAACUUCGGUCAAGUCCGGCAUUGGCUGGCCACAGGCAUUUCCAUAAGAGACGGCGGCGAGCUGGUAAUCCCCAGCGAGGGCAUCAUAUCGCCUUAUGUAGGACCAGCCCCGCUGCCGAAUUACAUCACCCCUCGACCACAUCGGUACACCUUCAUCCUUGCCCGCGGGUCAGGGAAGGUGGAAAUCACCCCGGCCGACCUUCGGGAGCUACAGAAGCCUUACCCUAUGGCUAUGUCGGGCAAACAGCACCCAGAUGUCCAAGAUCUGAAGGACCGCUGGGGCUUCAACGCGCACCAGCUUAUCAAGGACAAAGGCCUCCAAGUUGAGGCUGCUACCUAUAUGAGGGUGGGAGGAACCUUGAAGAGCGCCGCGGCCAACAUUGCGUUGACGGGUCAAGCGGUGGUAAAUAAAGUCACGGAGAGAUUGUAG